AUUACAGCAUUGCGUAGACCAAUCGUAUGGACGAUCUCUGAUUGGCUCAAUCUGUGACAUGGUGUUUGGAAACCAACAAUCACUUAUCACAAACCUUUUUAUUUUCACGUAAAGAAAACAUUGCCUAAUAGGUGUUCAACGUUUUAUGAGAAGUCAUCAUUUUGGUCAUAUCAACAGAAGAUUCUGACAUUGAUUGACAAAAGUAAUGGCUGCUAGCAAACAAGAUCGCAACCUUCCAGCAUCUACCGUACCAACAAAUGAACUUUGUAACAUGAGCCAGGCAAACAUGAGUAACAAUGAGGAGGACAGCAUAUUGGAAAACACAAGUCUCAUGAACACAUUAUUUUCGUUUGGUACUCUAAGUGAACCUGGUGAUAUUAAGGUUCCGUUGACGCCAAUCUGUGAGGAUAUUGAUAAGAUAAAUGUACAGAAAUUUGGCUUUCAAAACGAUCUUCAGCAACCCAUCCAACCUCAACUGACUUACCAUGGAUAUCCGGGCUAUUCUUUUGUUCCAGUGAUGCCAUCUAUUCCAGCGCAUUCGCCACCAGAUUUUGACUGCUACAAAGAAUAUCAUCCGGUGCCUUUGCAACUGCCAAGUCCCUCUCAAAUCCCAAUACCAAGUAGCAUCCGACCAACUUAUGCAAGCCUUCAGAGGGUACCAAAACAAGAAAAAAUUCAAGCUGGCGCACCUGGUCUCGUAUGUAACCCAUACGCAACCCCUGGUUUUAACCCUUACAGGCCAAAGUAUUACCCACAUCUGAUGAGCUGCCUGUCUCCACCUACCUCACCUACUGGUAAUAUAUGUGAUAGCUACCUAGGAGGAGUUGUAUCCCUAUAUGACGAUAGAACCCUAAGCACCAGUCCGAUUCCACACGAUCGCUCAGACUGCGUUGUUCCGAACCAAAGCCUUAAUGAGACAACAAAUAGUCUCAAUAGCACAUAUGGACCUGUUGACUCAACUUAUUCAUCAUUAGACAAUACCUCUAGCACGCUCAAUUCUACUCGGAGUAACAUCAGCUUCAAUUCAAGUACUUCCUCGUGCCAAAACUCUACUCAGUUCCAACCGGUACGUCCAUGGAUCAUCAACGAUGCACCCCGUGACGCAAAACGACCACAAACAGUUGCUCCUAAAGUACCAAGUUUAACAGUUGAAAAGGACGAACACACUAAUAGACAAACGUCUAAGAUAAGACCAUCUAGGAAGAGGAAGCAACCAGAUGACGAAAAACCGGAUGUUUCUUAUAUAGAAAUGAUUACCAUGGCCAUUCUUAGUAAACCAGACAGGAAAAUGGUCCUGUGUGAAAUCUAUCAAUAUAUCAGAGACAACUUUAGUUACUAUGAUAACGAGGUCCGCGCAUGGAGGAACAGUGUUCGGCACAAUCUGUCUCUUAAUGAGUUCUUCAUCAAAAAAGGCCGUGACGGUCGUGGAAACUUUUGGGCAAUACAUCCUGCGUGUGAAGAAUUGUUUGCAAAUGGCAACUUCAACAAGAAAUUGGCUAACAGCCUUGCUAGUCAACAGAACUUUCACUGCGGUACUGGAAAUAAAAGAAUUAAAUUGCCCCAUUCUUUCCAUCAUCCAAAUAUCCCAAUACCCCAACAUAACAAUAACAUUGGGUAUAACGUACACCAACCACCAACAAUCUAAUUAAUGCGAUGCCAAAUAUGGACAUUGAACGGACAAGCGUUGUAAUUGUCGCUGAGUGGGACGAACAGUCUGUUGUUUUAAUUGUUAUUGCCUUUUAGUUGAUUUUAAUAAGUCUAUGUAUUGUAGUAUAUUUAUCUUAUUCUAGCUUACUAUUAAGUUUGCCACAAGGGGAUGGUUCCCCAUUUGUUGCUAAUUAAAAUUACAGGACUCAUCAUUAGCAAUACGAGGGAUGAUUAAAAAAUGAUUGACUAAUUCAUAGAUAAUCUACCGAUCGAUGUGGGUUAGUAUUUUCAGUUAAAAGACUCUAUCGACCAUGUUAUGUCUUGGGUCGGGAUCGUCUUAUUGAUGCCUCGUUCACAUUUGAUCUACGGCAACCAUACGAUGCCGUAGCUUCUCAAAAUCGAGAUAAAUAUAUAGCAUAAAAUAUAGAGAUUAGCAAUACGAUGUAAAUUCUUUAUGUCGAAGUUGAAGUUACGACCACCGUACCCAUGCGACUGCCGUAGAUCAAAUGUGACCGAGGCUUAAGUGAAGUGCAGGACCAGGAUAUUUUACCAAGAAUUUCAAAUAUUAAGAAUUU